AAUACUCGCUCGCCCUUGUUCUCCGCGUGCGCUGAGGUCGCUUUGACAAGCGGCUAAGUCGACCCCUUGUGAAUUAUUUAUAAACACGAUGCUUUGUGCGGCAUGCAGGGUGUCAGGGGCGCAACCUAAAAUGACAGCCGAGCAGUGCAGUGUUUACAAAGAGUGCGAGCAUGAAUGAAGAUACAGCAGCAGUGACAAGCGGCUCGCCAAAUGCAGCAGAUCAGCAGCCACGGAGCGGCACUCCGCCGCCGCCGCCGCCGGAAAAGUCUUUGCCUGCAGCGGAUAAAAGCACGAGCAAACGCUUCAGCUUCAGGACGGCGAGGUCCGAGAGCUCCGAGGCAGCGCAGCCGGCGGCGGCGGCGGGCACGGCGACGCUGGUGAAGACGCGUCGGUCGCGCAGUCUGCGGCACCCGUUCCGCGUGAGCACCACCACGGCGGUCGUGUCGGCCAACAACAGCUGCGGCAGCAUGGUGUCCAUCGCGCCGCACUCCUCGGCCAGCAGCACCAACCUGCGGCCCAAGAAGUCCAACUGGGAGGUCAUCGAGCACUUCAACGCCUCCUCCGGCCUCAUCGCCUCUUCGCUCAAGCCGAAAGAUGAAGACUUCGACGACGCGGACGAAAACACUUUGGCGCUGACUGGAUUCGAGGAACAGGACUUUGAGAACGCGUCUUGCUGGGGAAAAUGCAAACACUAUUUAGGCCAGGCCUGGAACUCGCGCGGAUUUGAGAAUCCUGAGGUGGAAAUGCUUUACCAACGUUACUUCCUCAGAAUGAAUCAGAGCCAUUUAGUCCAUCUUCUGGUGCUGCUCGUUGCACUCUCCUCCGUCCUUCUUCUAGUCGUUCUUUUGAACUCUGGUCCGCGGUUGCUGGCGUGUUCGGUGCUGAUCAGCUGCAUGCUGGUGUACCUGGCGCUGCUGGUGAUGCUGUCGAAGCCGUCGCUGAACGAGCUGUACCUGAUGGCCGCCUCGUACGUCGUGAUGCUGACCUUCGUCGGGCUGACCCUGCUGAUGGCGCUGACGCCGCACAACUCUGUCUCGGCCGUCAUGUCGCUCGUGUUCCUCGCCUUCGCCAUGCUGCCCGUCCACUUGAUCGAGGCGCUGAUCGCCUCCCUCUUGCUCGCCGUCGUCCACAUCACCACCAUCAACUUCUCCCUGCCGGACGCAACGGCCCAGAAGCUGCUGACGGACAGCGUGCUGCUCGCGGGGGCGAUCUGGUGCGGCGCUCUGACGCAUUUCCCUGGGGAGCAGGCUCGCAGGACCGCCUUUAUGGAAACCAGGCAGUGCAUCGAGGCCAGGCUGCGCACCCUUCACGAAAAUCAGCGCCAGGAGCGGCUGCUUCUGUCUGUGCUGCCGCGUCACGUAGCCAUGGAGAUGAAGGCCGACUUCGCAGGAAAACCCACCGACUCGAUGUUCCACAAAAUUUACAUCCAGCGGCACGAGAAUGUCAGCAUUCUGUUUGCGGACAUCUGCGGGUUCACAAGCCUUUCUGAUCAGUGCACAGCGGAAGAGCUUGUUUGCCUACUUAACGAGCUUUUUGCGAGGUUCGACCGAUUGGCGGCCGAACACCAUUGUCUGCGGAUUAAGCUGCUGGGCGACUGCUACUACUGUGUCAGCGGCUUGCCCGAGGCGAGACCCGACCACGCGCAGUGCUGCGUCGAGAUGGGUCUCGACAUGAUCGACGCCAUCGCGCUGGUGCGCGAUGUCACCGGGGUCAAUGUAAACAUGCGUGUCGGCAUCCACUCUGGAAGGGUGCACUGCGGGGUGCUCGGCUUGCGAAAAUGGCAAUUCGAUGUCUGGUCUAAUGAUGUCACCCUCGCCAACCACAUGGAGAGCGGCGGCAUUCCCGGCCGAGUGCAUAUCACGAAAGAGACGCUGCAGUACCUGGGCGACAGCUACGAGGUGGAGGCGGGAAACGGAGGCCAGAGGAACGCUUAUCUGCACGCGCACAACAUCGCCACUUUCUUGAUCGUUGCCAAGGAAGAGUGUCGCAUCAACAAGCCGACGACAACGAACAAAGGCGCCAACGGGGUCAGCGUGUCCAAGGAGCUGCGGGUCAUGGGCCACCUGAUGUCGGAAAACAGAAUGGAGGAGACGCGCGACCAGCAGGAGGAGCUCAACGACUACCUCAAACGCGCCAUCGACGCACGCAGCGUGGACAGGUUGCGUGCCGAGCACUGCAAACACUUCAUGCUCAACUUCAAGCAGCCAGACGUGGAGAAGAAGUACUCGCACGAGCAAGACAAACUGCUGGCGGCGUACUUUCUGUGUUCCCUGCUGGUUUACUUGCUUGUGAUGCUGGUGGAGGCGAUCGCGAGCACAAGCCCACUUGCUCUUUUGGCCUGUGCUCUUUGCAGCAUCCCUGGACUGAUUUUAAUAGCAUUUUUCAACUUUCUGACUUUCUCUUAUGAUCGUGAGAGUGUGAGCCGAGCGUGCGGGAAGCUGGUGGCGAAGCUGUCUGCCAAAAUGAACCACAGCCGUCAGGUGGCUCAAAACGUGGCAAUCUGCACAGUCGCGUGCAUUUACAUCGCCGCCCUGCUGCCCCUGUUGUUAAACUCGUGGUCCGGCGACGAGUGCGGCAUGAAGCAGGAAAUGUUGCGCGCGGACAACUCGAGCGUCAUUGCCAACGUCACGCUCAACGACACGGCCAACCUCGUCUACAACGCGGCCGACAACCUUUGUGAUACUGAACAAAUUCCAGAGUGGGUGGCAGGUUGUCUAGUGUUGGCGAUGGCGGCGUGCGCCGAAAACCGAGCCCUCACCACCCCCGUGAAGCUGUCCCUGCUGGGGCUGGGCAGCGUCAGUGCCAUUCUCUGUCUGAUGCUUCCGCCCAUGUCGAUGUGGAGUCUGGGCAUGGAGGGCGGAAUGCCCGUGCUGCUCACCGCCUCGUGCAUUCUUUUCCUGCUGCUCGCGGCGCUCAUCCACAGCCAGCAGUCGGAAACCACGUCUCGACUCGAUUUCUUGUGGAAAUUGCAAGCCAAUGAGGAAAAGGAGGAAAUGGAGCACCUGCAAGCACACAACAGAAAGCUGCUCGCCAACAUUCUGCCCGAGCACGUCGCCGAUCAUUUUCUGGGCGGUGAUAUCGAGGAGCUGUACCACCAAGAGUGCGAGUUCGUGUGCAUCAUGUUCGCGUCGAUUCCCAACUUCUCGGAAUUCUACGUCGAGCUCGAGUCGAACAACGAAGGCGUCGAGUGUUUGCGGCUGCUCAACGAAAUCAUCGCCGACUUUGACGAGAUCCUCGCGGAAGAGCGGUUCGGCUCCAUUGAGAAAAUCAAGUCGACUGGAGCCACCUACAUGGCUGCGUCUGGUCUGACGGAGGACUCGUGUGAUCUCAUCAACUUCAGCCACGUCACCGCGAUGGCUGAUUACGCGUUGCGGCUCAGGGAGCAAUUAGAAUACGUCAACGAACAUUCCUUCAAUCACUUCAAGAUUAGAAUCGGCAUCAGCGUUGGUCCCGUGGUGGCCGGUGUGAUCGGAGUCAAGAAGCCGCAGUACGACAUCUGGGGCAACGCGGUGAACGUCGCGAGCAGAAUGGACUCCACGGGCCUCCUGGACUCAAUUCAGGUGACGCAGGAAGUGUACAAAAUACUGAACGAGCGAGGCUACUCUUUGUCCUGUCGGGGGCCGGUCAUCGUCAAGGGCAAAGGUGAAAUGGUGACUUACUUGCUGAACGACAAGAACAGCUAAUGCCAAACAAACUUUGGAGAACAAUCGGUGAUUGUGAUGCUCGUCUGCUGUAUAGUUGAAAUUGUCACAGUUUCAUUCUUUUAAUUGCGAAAGAAAUAAAGAAAAAGGCUCCCUAUGCAAAUGUCAUUACGCAAAAUCGGUGUUGAAUGUUGAAAAAUUUACUUUCCUAUAUACACUACAAUUUCAAUAGUUCUAUGGAAGGAACGUUUAAAAAAUUUGCGGCAAAACAGAGAGGAUCGUUUUGCCUGGCCUACGUGAAUAUGACAUAAGUUUAAGGCCUAUCUCUUCACUCGUCUAUAGCAUUUAAUUGGUUGCAAUCUUCAGAUUAAACUUCUAGUGGCUUGAGAGGAAUUAAAUGAAUUGUUGAGACUGUAUAUUUAUUGGCCAGUUUCCACGAUCGAGCUAUAUGUAUAUUUUUGCAGCCAGAGGACAAAUGGAACUUGACCAAGAGGGAUAGAGGGUUGUGUGAGAAAUAUCGACCAAGAUUGUAACUUAUCAAUUUUCUCUUCUAAUCACUUAAAUUGGUCUCAAUGUGUUAAAAUUUAUGUGAUUAUUCAUCGAUAUUUUCAUAAAUGUGACGGACAGGUGGCAUUGGCAAUAAAGCCUACAGACACAAGAAUGAAA